AUGAUUUCUGAUCUAAAUUUAAUUGUUACAUUUUUUCUAUAUUUAAUACAAUCAAGUAGACAAACAAAAGAAGUUGUCCUUUUGGAUACAAGGGAAGCAAGAGAUUAUUUAAAUUGGGAAAAAAAGACAAAUGAUGCCGAUGAUGAUACUAGUCCAAACCGUGGAUGGAGUGAAAUGAGUUGGAAUGCUGGCAUGUUUCGUUUACUAUUAUCAUCGCCACCUCAAAUAUUCAGUCAUCAAUCAACAUUAUCACCAUCGACUGUAUGGCGAACACAAUAUGUUUGUGAUAUAACAUCGGAUAGAAAAGUUGACAAUUGGUUACGUACGCCAUUAUUUAAACGUGAACAAGCAAAACGAAUUGAAAUUGAACUAGGAUUCUCGGUACGCGAUUGUUCAUCUUUCAGUAAUCCAGAUGAAAUUCGAUCAUGUCGUGAAACAUUUGAAUUAUAUAUCUAUGAGACAGAUGAGAAUAGUAAUGAUUGGAAUGUACAAUCGUAUAAAUUAAUUGAUAUUAUAGCUGGUAAUCGUUUUACAUCGAGUAAUGGUGACUCGUCGUUAUCUGGUAUGAAUAAUAAUAAUGAUCCUAAAGAUGUUGUCAAUGUUAAAAGUCGUGGUAUAGCGAUUAAUAAAAAAAAUUUUUAUAUUGCGUUUCGUGAUCAAGGCGCGUGUAUAUCGUUAUUAUAUGUUAAAAUAUAUUAUCGUUUAUGUGAAGAAAAAAUUAUAUCACUCGUCCGAUUUCCUGAAACGGCUACCGGUGCUCAUUUAACCGAUAUUGAGCAACGAGAUGGACUAUGCAUUGAUAAUACCCAAAUGGUCUAUAAGCCAAUUGGAAUGUGUAAAGGAAAUGGUGAAUGGACAUUUCAAGAAGCUUCAUUGCGUGAAAGUUGUCUUUGCCGAGAUGGUUAUGAAUUCGACCGUAUUAGUGGUGAAUGUAAGGCUUGUGCAAUUGGAAAAUUCAAAAAUUCUCUUGGUAAUGAAAUGUGUUAUGAAUGUCCUUUAAAUAGUCAUACAAUCAACAACGGUUCAUCAUAUUGUUCUCCAACUGAGCCACAAAAUUUGACUGUCGAAGAAAUUGAUCAAGCAUCAGUGAAAAUAAGUUGGAAACGAACUGCUGUUGAUCUAUCACAUAUUGUUUAUCGUAUCGAAUGUAAUCGUAUUAUCGAUGGCCAUUCAACACCAUGUGAAUCUUACAUCAACUAUUAUCCAAAUCGAACAUUUUUAAAUGGAACGAAUGUUUGGCUGACGGGAUUAGAUCCUGAUACAAGUUAUCAUAUUGAAGUAUUUUCUGAGCAAUGGUCAACACGUUUAACAAGUAAAGCGGUCGAUGUUUCAUUUACAACGAAACGAUCAAUUCCAAAAAUUAUUCGAGACAUUGCUGUUUAUCGUUUGAAUUUGAACACAAUAUUACUAACAUGGGCUAAAAAUGAUUUUGAUUUCUAUGAAUUACGUUAUUGGACUAACAGUGAUAUUAAUAAUAAUGAAAAAAUACUUAUUACUUGUAAAGACAAUAAUUUUACAUUAACAACAACAUUAUUAAAUACUAACUAUACAUUUCAAAUAAGAGGACGAGCACGCAACGGAUGGGGACCCUAUACACAUCCAAAAACUAUUACAAUUGAAUCCAUCGAUGCUCUAACAUCGUCACAAACAGCAUUAUCGGCAGCUGCCUCACGAUUUGUUGAAAAUAAAAAUGUAAUGGUCGGCGGACCAAUUAUUAUUCUACUUCUUUUGGUUGUUGUCAUUAUGCUUGGUAUUAUUUAUACAAGAAGGCGAUCUUGUCGAUUGAAAACUGCUAGUGAUUGUGAAUCAUUAGAUUACCAAAAACGACAAGGGGCUGCACCACUAUGGAAUCCUACAUCUGCCUCCUCCAAAACUUAUAUUGAUCCACACACAUAUGAAGAUCCAACAAAAGCUGUCAAAGAUUUUGCACGAGAAUUAGAUCCAAAUUUAAUUGUAAUUGAAGCUGUUAUUGGUGGCGGCGAAUUUGGUGAUGUAUGCCGUGGAAAAUUGAGAAAAGUGAAUGGACGUGAUGUAACUGUAGCUAUUAAAACAUUAAAACAAGGCGCAACAGAAAAAACACGUCUUGAUUUUCUUUCGGAAGCAAGUAUUAUGGGACAAUUUGAUGAUGACAAUGUUAUUUAUCUGGAAGGUGUCGUAACAAAACAUCAUCCAAUAAUGAUUGUUACUGAGUAUAUGGAAAAUGGAUCACUUGAUACAUUUCUAAGAUUAAAUGAAGGCAAAGCUAAAUUAGAUGUUGUGCAAUUAACACGAAUGCUUCGCGGCAUUGGUUCUGGUAUGAAAUAUUUAUCAGACAUGAAAUAUGUUCAUAGAGAUUUGGCCGCACGAAAUAUUCUUGUUAACAAAGAUUUAAUCUGUAAAGUUGCUGAUUUUGGUUUGAGUAGAGAAGUAGAUGGUGAUACGUAUACAACACGAGGAGGAAAAAUACCUGUAAGAUGGACGGCAAUUGAAGCAAUUGAUUAUAGAAAAUUUACAUCGAAUUCUGAUGUAUGGAGUUAUGGAGUGCUAUGUUGGGAAAUGAUCUCGUUUGGUGAAAGACCAUUUUGGAAUUGGUCUAAUCAGGAUGUUAUUAAAGCAAUUAAAAAAGGAUAUCGAUUACCACCACCGAUGGGUUGUCCCGAUGCAUUGUAUAAAUUGAUGCUCGAUUGUUGGAAAGAUGAUUAUCUCGAUCGUCCAAAAUUUGAACAAAUUGUUGGCAUACUAUCAAAUCUAAUUCAGACACCCAAUAAACUUCUUUUACUUGCCAAACAAACAUUUGUGUUCAUCAUUAAUCCCGAUCAACCAAAUUUUGCUCAAAUAACAUCUAUCGAUGAAUGGCUUCAUUCUCUACAGCUUGAUCAUUAUAUAAAACAAUUUAAAUCAUAUGGCUAUAUGAAUUUAUCUCAGAUAUGUCAUUUUACACAACGAGAUUUAAUUGAUAUCGGUUUGACUAUAAAUUUUGAUCAACAUAAAAUAUUAGAUACGUUGAAAAAAGUUCGAUCGAAUCUCGAGUUAACAGUAGGAAAAACGUCUGAAGGUUAUCUCGUGUGA